UCAAGAAGGCUUAGAACGAUCAGGGUGCAGGAAGAUUGCUAGAAUAGGUGUGGUGCGCGAGGCAGCGUUUCUCCUCCGUUCCCAUGACGACCAUCCGCAGGUUCUGCUGCAACGACCUCCUCCGUUUCGCCUCUGUCAAUUUCGACCACCUUACUGAAACCUUCAACAUGUCGUUCUACAUGACUUAUCUGGCUCGAUGGCCCGAUUAUUUUCAUGUUGCCGAGGGCCCCGGCAACCGUAUUAUGGGAUACAGAUUUGUGAGCAAGAAAUUUCAACUUGAAGGACACCUCGAUGAAAGAUACAAUAAACAUUCCCUUGGAAACAAAAAAAAAAGAAGAUUUUCUUCAGCCAAGGGAAUAAAGAAUCUAAAAGUUAUGGGUAAAGUCGAAGGGCAAGGUGAAUCUUGGCAUGGUCAUGUGACUGCAGUAACUGUUGCUUCAGAGUACCGGAGGCAGCAAUUAGCAAAGAAACUAUUGCACUUACUGGAGGACGUCAGUGAAAAGGAUAAGGCUUACUUUGUGGAUCUCUUCGUAAGGGCAUCCAACAUGCCAGCUAUAAAAAUGUAUGAAAAGCUUGGCUAUGUCAUCUAUCGGCGGGUUCUGCGUUACUACUCUGGGGAAGAAGAUGGUCUGGAUAUGAGGAAAGCAUUAUCGCAAGAUGUUGAGAAGAAGUCUGUCAUACCAUUUAAAAGGCCGAUUACACCUGACGAACUUGAAUAUGAUUGACUAGCGUGCCUUCAUUAGUGAGAUGCAUUUUGCAUGUUAGUACAAUUGAUUGCUAAACAAGUACAUGUAUUUCAGUAAUUUAAAACACGUGAUAAGAGUAACUGUUUUGCAUUAUAUAGAACAUUUAUGUAUCAUUUUAACAGUGUAAAGGUACUCGGUCCAAAGAGCACCUUGAAGAUUUGACCCUUGAGAGCAACCAUGGGCAGUGAACAGCAUGGCAAAAACUUUUUAAUGAAGGGUAAUUUUUUCUUGGGCUCUUGAGA